AUAUUUUCUCGUAUAUAUUGUUCGUUACAACCUAAGUGUUCAUAUAGUUGAUAUGGUGGAGCUAUCGAAGAAAUUUAUUAUAACCUAUUAUAAUGAGUCUGAAAUGUUGAGGACUAAAGCGAUAUUAGUCAGGUCCCAGUAUGGUAUGGACUUACUUAAUUGGAAUGAAAACAAAAUUGCCCUAUUAUUAGCAGCAUAUCACAUCGGAUAUUGUAUUUGUUUUCCAAUAUUCCACACUAUUGGUGAUCGUUUUGGACCAACAUGGGUUGUGGGAGUCGCUGGGAUAUCUUCAGGAGUACUUAAUUGUUUGGUGCCGUCAGCUGCAUGCUUUAGCUUCUGGCUGUUCUUCAUCUUGCGCAUUUUGAACGGAUUUUGUGCGGGUGCCAUGUUACCCAGUAUGAUUCAAGUGUUAAGGCACUGGGUCCCGCCAGUUGAACGUCAUUACUUUAUGUGGGCUUAUUGUGGUAUAACAACGGGGACGUGUUCCACAUUCCUUAUUUGCGCGGCGGUUCAAUAUUAUUACAAAUGGUCAGUUGGUUUCUAUGUUUGUGGUGCGAUGCAAAUAUUAUGGGCAUCUGUUUGGCUCCUGGUUGUCAACGAUUCCCCCGACAAACAUUCUUUUAUAUCAAAGGACGAACAGAGCUAUUUGCGGGACACCAUCGGAUCUGUUUUUACAAUACAUCUGACAAAUUCGCAAGCACCCUGGCAGAUAAUAUUAAGGUCUAUACCAUUUUGGGCUGUUUGCAUCCUUAAUUUUGGAUACGCAUGGAUAAUUAUCUCAUUAUGUCUUCAUGGGCCAAUUUAUUAUACGUUUACAUUAGGUUAUAGUAUUUACGAGGCAUCCGCGCUGACGGCACUACCAUUUCUUUUAAGAUUGAUUUUGAGCACAAUAUCAAUUCAAAGUUACUUCUGGUAUAAACAAAACACAAACAUCAAAAGAAUAAAACAUAUAAAGAAGUAUUUUAUAGUUGUUUCGCACGUAAUCCCAGGUGUUUUGGUAUCAACUGCAUGGUUGGUACCAAUAAAUCCUGGGCCUGCUCUCCUGACCAUCGCUGUAGCAUUGACAGCUGCUGGAAUGGAUCUUACAUUAGACAUUUGUUACAAGCUGUCACCGACCUAUGUAAAUUCGAUAAAUACAGUUAUAAAAAUCAUCGGAAAUUUUCCAGGGAUAAUUGUACCGUUUUGUGUGGGAGAAGUGACGCAUAGGUUUAAAAAUACAAUAACAGUGUGGAGGUAUGUGUGGUCUUUCCAUGGGUCAAUGCUCCUAAUUUGUGGCUGCAUAUUCCUAUUAUGGGGUGACACUAAAACACAAUCAUGGAAUAAUAUACGUCACAGGUGCAAAUACUAACAAAAUUUUACAAUACAACUCUUGACUAUGACAUUAAAUAAUAU